GAAGGCUGUGUGAGAGAGGAGGGAAAUGAAAACACCAACUCGUGACAGUUUUUGUAGCUUGGAUCUGUGGGGGGGUUGUGCUACACUGGUAGGCUUGGAGUUUUCAGCAGUCCUGUCUAUCAGAAAACCAACAUUGUAGUCCUGGCUGUUGCUGUCAGUGGUUGAAGAUACCCAUGUGAAGGCAGAGCAAAUGCAUCUUCCUGCUGGGUUUCCUUGUGUAAUGUGUUACAACCUUUUAUUUUUUACUUGGUUCUUUAAACUUCCCUGCAGCUUUCCUGCUCCAGGCUGCCUGACAGAGUUCCUCUAGCCUUCUUCACUCCAUAGAUGUUUCUGCAUGCUGUAAAACAUUCAGAAAGAUUUUUAGACCCCUCAUCAAUUUUUAGGCAUUCACUGCUCGAGGAAGCACGGCCUGCAGAUAAACUCAGCCAGCUUUCUGAGACCCAGCUAUGAAUGUCCUUGGGGCCAUGUGAAAAUGCCCUGUCCUUGCAGGCUUACAGAUGGGUUUUUUAAACACUGUGUGCAAUGCCAGCCCUAGCUAGAAAAACAGCACCCUCUGUAAGCAAACAGCCUGAAAUAAAGGGCCAGAGGUGGGUUGUGAAGAGUCAGAGAGCUUGAGCCCAAAGCAUGAUGAAAACUUCUACCUGAGAGGAAAAUGCAAGAGCUAAAUCUGAUGGUCCACACAAAAACUGGUGAUAACACAUAAUGGAUGUGAAGCCAAGGAGGAGGGAGGAGGUCUGAUCUGGAGAGUGAAAACAGUUUACUACUUGGAGGACUGUCCACAAAAGAACAAAGCUCUGAGUACACUUCUCUGUGCUGUUCCCCACUAGAGAUAAUGUAGAGCCAAGAUGUUUGCCUCAGGAAGCACAACUAUAGCCUGCAAAGAGACGUUGUCUUCUGUGGCUUCAGGAUCCCAGCAAGAAAUGGGAGUCUGAUGGAUUGUAAAUGCACCGGCUUUGUUUAAAACCCAGCCAAACAGAUAAGUGCACUUUUAAUUCUCUCCAACUGGUGCUUUAGACAUAGCUCUGCACAGCAUCUCUCUUCAGUUUGGUGAGGCUCUGUGUUUCACUGCUGCAAAUGAGUGCUGUGUGGGUCUCACUUCAGCUGAGAAAUACCAGACAAUAUUGGUAUUCCACGCUAAGGUAAUUAAUUGGUGUCUGAGGGAACUGCAGCUGAAGGAUUGGCAGGCUCCUAGGACUCCCUGCUGUUCCAGAGCCACUGUCUCCAGCAGCCCUGUGAGGUUUUGGGACUCUGAGGAGCAGCUCUGUGGGACCAGACUAGGCUGAUGUGACCCACCUGAGCAUUAAAGAGUUCUAUGGGACUCAUUAGAGGUUUAUUAACUAAACUUGGCUAGUUUGAUUGAGAAGAUGCUUGUGCAGGCUUAGCACAAUCUCAGAGAAACCAGCUCAUGCUGUGGCAGGAGAAAGGGCUUUCUGCAUGUUCUUGUCAUAUGUGUGCAGAGAAAGUGAUAGCCCUGCUUCCUCCCACCAGCUUCCAGGUGGGAAAAGAGCUGGGGAUGGGGGAGAAAGACCUUGGUUACACUGAGUUUACUCAGGGUGUACAAAGAAGUAUCGUGGGUGAGUGGUAACAAGAAUUGUCCCUUCAAAGUUAGGUGAACAUUUUUAUCUCUCUACCAAGAAAGCAAUUUCUGGCUGCUUAGAUCUGCUUCUAAAGGUGACCACUGUCUCCUUGUGGCCACCCCACUGCAGUUACUAAAUUAUUCAAGAAACCCAUAAAAUAGAGUCUCAUGUAAAGUGUAGCUUUGCAAUAAUAUACAGCCAUGGGGCUGGGGCAAAUAUUCCUCAUACUGUAAUUUACUGUGCUAGAAUAAUGAAAAGAAAAGCACUGAAGCUGAGUGUGUGAGCAUUGUUGGGGAUGUGCGGCAGGAGGCUGGACAACAGCCAAAUUAUCUACUCCAGUCUUGUCUUGCCUGCUCUUCCAGGGAUAAUUACUAGUGUGAAACAUCUACCUUGCUAUUAGGAAAACUACAAAUAGGUUUGCUACAGCAAAUUAGGCUGUAGUAACUGACCUGAAUUCAUCUUACCUACCUAAGCAGAAGGUGAGUUUCUUGGUGAAGUUGCCAGUUUUGGGGUGAUAAAGAGAGACAGGAGAGACAAGGAGGGGAAGUGGGAGGUUAUUGCAGUUUGUGAGAAUUAAAUCUGGAUCAACUUGUGAUCCCUGAAGUAUCUGAAGUUCCUUCUUUUCUAGGAGAAACUUCACUGCUGCUGUUAUUACUAAGGAAUUUUUUAUAUUAAUAGAAGAAAUGCCACGUCUGUUAGUAAUGACUAAGCUCUGUCCUACAACUGUAAACAGUUGUUAUUCCUGACUCUUCAGUACUUUGAAAGAAAAAAAAGCUUGACACUAUAUUAAGAAACACUGAUUAAAUGGAGCUCUAGUGACAAAAUCAGGGCUAGUUCAUUCAGCAAGGGUGGAUAGGAAGUUAAAAAAGCUUAAAUCCUCUCUGUGCACCAACUAAUGCAGAUGAACGUUUUUCUCAUCUCAGAGAUUCUCAAGGUACUGAUUGUUAGGUUUGUAACUUUAAAUCUCUUUUCUGCCAGUGAGCUGAAAUCAAUGCAUUCCCCUAUUAGAUCCCAUUAAAUUAACCCCAAGCUGGCCAGCUCUGGGCAAUCUGGCAUUACUCAAAGUCAAAUCUGGGAAUCAUCCUGAGGUGUGGCUGGCAUGCAACAUGUAACACUCUGUGCUGCCUGGAAGAAGCAGAAAACACUUGAAGUGUCUCUUGGGAGCUGUACUGAUGACAGAGAUGAUACCAAGGGUGUUCUACUCACCUGUGGCUUGGCUGGUACUUCCUGUAGCAGAGGAGAACAGAUUCAACAGCUCUUGUCCAGUUACUGAAAAAAAAAAAUUGUCUCGCAAAGAAGAUCCUUGAAUCCCUAACUCCUUGUCUUACAGGUGAACCUUGAGGACACUUGGGAGACUGUAGCUCCUGAAUGUGUGACCUUCCCCUGUGAUUAGAAGAAAGCCAUGGGGAAAGACAAGAAAGAAGAGGCCAUCUUCCUGAGGAAAAAGAUAACUUUGCUGCGGGCUUUCUCGCUACUCAUCGGCAGCAUGGUUGGCAGUGGCAUCUUUAUUUCCCCCAAAGGUGUACUGAAAAACUCUGGCAGCGUGGGAUUCUCCCUGGUUGUCUGGUUUUCCUGUGGGCUCCUCUCCAUGUUUGGUGCCUUGUGUUAUGCAGAGCUUGGAACAAGAAUCACCAAAUCUGGAGGACAUUAUAUCUACAUUUUGGAGACGCUAGGGCCUCUGCCAAGCUUCUUAUUCCUGUGGGCAGAGUUUUUUGCUAUCAGGCCUGCCAACAGUGCUGUUGUUGCCCUGGCAUUUGGACGCUACAUGCUGGAGCCAUUUUUCGCCCCCUGUGCUGCCCCUGUCCCUGUGGUGAAGCUCGUGUCUCUCCUGGGCUAUUACAUGGUCCUCACCCUCAAUUCCUGGAGCGUCACCUGGAGCGCACGGCUGCAGACGGCUCUCUCUGUGGUCAAACUCCUGGCUCUUGCACUCAUCAUCGUGCCAGGGAUGAUGUUGCUGGCCCAGGGCCACACUGAGAACUUCCAGGAUGCUUUUGACAGACAGUCGCUGGUUCUGGAUAAGCUCCCCCUGGCUUUCUAUGCAGGCAUGUUCGCAUACUCCGGCUGGUUUCAGACCAGCUUUGUGCGGGAAGAGUUGGUCAAACCUGAACGAAAUAUCCCCUUGGCCGUCAUCGUGUCCGUGAUCACGGUAAUUGUGGGAUACAUGCUCACCAACGUCUCCUAUUACACAGUCCUGGGAACAGAAGAUGUUCUGGCUUCUCCUGCUGUGGCUGUGAGCUUUGUGCAGCGAGCCUUCAAAAGCCUGAUCUCCGUUGUCCCUGUCCUUGUCGCACUGUCCUGCUUUGGAACCAUGAAUGGAGGAAUCUUCACGUUUUCAAGGACUCUGUUUGUGGCUUCCAGGGAAGGGCAGUGGCCUCCUCUCUUCUCCAUGAUCCACAUUCGGAGGCAUACCCCCCUUCCUGCUGUCAUGUUAAUGUUCCCUUUGGUCACUGCCAUGGUGUGCAUCGGAGACAUCUACCAUCUACUGAACUUCUUCAGUUUUUCCCGAUGGCUCUUCAUAGGAUUAGCCACCCUUGGGCUCAUUGUCCAUCGCCACCGUCACCCGGAGCUGCACAGCCCCUUCAAGGUUCCCCUGUUUGUUCCUGUCUCUUUUACCAUCAUCUGCCUCUUCACAGUGGCAAUGUCUUUCUAUUCAGACCCUGUGAACAUCAGCAUUGGAUGCACCAUAGUUUUGAGUGGUUUUCCAGUCUACUACCUCAUCAUUCACAGGCAGAUGUCAGAUCGCUGCCGCAACCUGUUUUAUUAUCUUACACACAAACUACAGUUACUGCUGGAAGUUGUCCAACAAGAAAUCAAGACUUACUGAGAAAACCAUCAAAACUCACAGAAGACAAUAAAAAUCUACUUACACCAUUUUUGACACCUUUGAUCCUACCAAAAGC